CCCCACGAGUUCACCUUCCUCCUUCUAUUAUCAUUUUUUUUCCCUCGUUUUUUCCUCUGCUCCUCUUUCGCCGUUGGCUGCGUCGGAGACUACCGGAAAACCGCCGUCUAUAAAUCUUAAUAAACGACGCCUCCUUCAUUUCGCUUCGGGCUGUCGUAUUCCUCCGGUGUUAGCCAACGGCUUGUAUUCUCAUUAUCCUCUCUUUAACGCCCUCCAUUCUUUUUGUUUUCGAUUAUAUUUACUCAAUUUGCUCUUUGCGGCUGUUGAAUUUCUUCAUUUGCCUUUUGGUUGGAUUGAUCUUCAUUUUUUCAUUUCUGAAAUUUUUGUUUGGGCGGUGAUGAUGAACGGUCAUGAUGCGGAGCCGUUGGUGUACGUUCACGGCGACCUCGAUUUGAAGAUCAUUGAGGCGCGGCAUUUGCCUAAUAUGGAUUUGCUAACGGAACGUAUUCGGCGGUUUUUUACUGUUUUUAGUUCUUGUCGGAAACCGUUUUCCAAGAAGAAGGAUAAGGAGGAUCACCAGCAUCACCGGAAGAUUAUUACUAGUGAUCCCUACGUUACCGUUUGUCUUGCUGGAGCGACGGUUGCUCGGACACGAGUUAUUUCGAAUUCGCAGAACCCUAUCUGGAAUGAGCACUUCAAUAUCCCUCUUGCUCAUCCGGUCUCGCAGGUGGAGUUUCAUGUCAAGGAUAAUGAUGUGUUUGGUGCGGAUUUGAUUGGUAUUGCAACGGUCCCUGCGCGUAGAGUUCUUUCUGGCGAAACCAUUGAUGAUUGGUUUCCGAUAAUCGGUACGUUCGGGAAACCGCCGAAGCCGGAUUCGGCUGUGCGUUUGGAAAUGAAAUUCACCAAGUGCGAGGACAAUCCUCUGUACCGUUAUGGCAUUGCGGCCGAUCCAGAACAUUUUGGCGUUCGGAAUUGCUAUUUUCCGGUAAGACAUGGGGGUUCGGUAACGCUUUAUCAGGACGCGCACGUUCCUGAGUCCAUGUUGGAGAAGAUUGAACUGGAAAAGGGGAAUCUCUAUCAGCAUGAGAAUUGCUGGGAGGAUAUAUGCCAUGCAAUUUUGGAGGCUCACCAUUUAGUCUACAUUGCCGGUUGGUCCAUAUAUCAUAAGGUGAAGCUUGUGAGAGAGCCUUCAAAGCCGUUGCCUAAUGGUGGAGAUUUGAAUUUGGGAGAGUUGCUCAAGUACAAGUCACAAGAAGGGGUGCGAGUCUUGUUAUUGGUUUGGGAUGACAAGACUUCCCACAGCAAGUUCUUCAUUAAUACGACUGGAGUGAUGCAGACUCAUGAUGAGGAGACCCGGAAGUUUUUCAAGCACUCUUCUGUGUCAUGUGUUUUGUCACCCCGAUAUGCCAGCAGUAAGCUUAGCAUUUUUAAGCAACAGGUCGUUGGAACGCUUUUCACCCAUCACCAGAAGUGUGUGAUUGUGGAUACACAAGCAUCUGGAAAUUAUCGGAAGAUAACUUCUUUUAUUGGAGGACUUGACCUUUGCGAUGGCCGUUACGAUACUCCUGAGCACCGGUUGUUAAAAGAUCUUGACACUGUAUUUAAUGAAGAUUAUCAUAAUCCAACCUUUUCCGGAGGUACAAGGGGUCCUCGGCAGCCAUGGCAUGAUUUACAUUGCAAAAUUGAAGGACCUGCCGCAUAUGAUGUGCUUACUAACUUUGAACAACGAUGGCGAAAAGCCACAAAAUGGUCUGAAUUGGGUCAGCGAUUCAAAAGAGUAUCACAUUGGCAUGAAGAUGCUUUAAUAAAGUUGGAACGCAUAUCUUGGAUACUUAGUCCAUCUCAAUCAGUCCCCAACGAUGAUCCUUUGUUAUGGGUUUCCAAAGAAAAUGAUCCUGGCAACUGGCAUGUUCAGGUUUUCCGAUCCAUAGAUUCAGGAUCUUUGAAAGGAUUUCCCAAAGAUGUUUUUCAAGCUGAGUUGCAGAAUCUGGUUUGUGCAAAAAAUUUGGUUAUUGAUAAAAGCAUUCAAACAGCAUAUGUUCAAGCAAUAAGAUCCGCCCAACACUUCAUAUACAUUGAGAAUCAGUAUUUUCUUGGAUCAUCCUUUGCAUGGCCUUCGUACAAAGAAGCAGGUGCUGAUAAUCUUAUUCCUAUGGAGUUGGCGUUGAAGAUUGCUAGUAAGAUAAGAGCCAAUGAGAGGUUUGCUGUCUACGUUGUGAUACCAAUGUGGCCUGAAGGGGCUCCCUCUUCUGUUUCUGUGCAAGAAAUCCUGUUUUGGCAGGGUCAGACAAUUCAAAUGAUGUACGAAGUCAUUGGACGAGAGUUGAAAUAUAAGAAUCUCGAGAACGCUCAUCCCUCAGACUACUUAAACUUCUACUGUCUUGGCAAUAGGGAAUCACACGACGACUUGACAUGUUCCUCUGGUCAUUCCUCCAAGAGUGAAGAUUUGGUUUCAGACUCGCAAAAAUUCCGUAGAUUCAUGAUAUAUGUGCAUGCGAAAGGAAUGAUUGUUGAUGAUGAGUACGUAAUAGUAGGGUCAGCAAAUAUAAAUCAAAGAUCAAUGGCUGGAUCAAGGGACACUGAGAUUGCCAUGGGUGCAUAUCAACCCAGUUACACAUGGGGGAAGAUGAAACGACAUCCACGAGGCCAGGUUUAUGGCUACAGAAUGUCGCUCUGGGCAGAACAUUUGGGAAACAUUGACGAUUGCUUCAAGGAGCCAGAAAGUUUACCUUGUGUGAAGGCAGUCAACAAGAUAGCUGAAGAUAACUGGAAGAAAUACACGGCGACGGAGUAUGCGCCAUUGCAAGGGCACCUCCUGAAGUACCCGAUUGAGGUCAGCCAAAGUGGGAAGAUAGGUCCGUUGACUGGACACGAGACUUUCCCUGACUUCGGUGGUAAGGUCCUUGGAGCUCGAUCUAACCUCCCUGAUGCUCUUACAACGUAAGCUUCUACUCUUUUCUCAAAGUGAUACCUCUUUUUGAGUUCUCUUUCAAGCAUGAGAAAGAGAGGCGUAUUUGUUCGAGAAAUGGAACAGAAACAAAAAAGCCAUAGUAAAUUCUUCAACCUAAUCUCACAACUUUUCUUUGUUAUUAACAUUGUUUAACUAUCAAAGAGUGAAUUAUUCACUUAAUGAUUUGUUUAACUGUAUUCAAAGAAAUGUAUUUAAUUUUAUUUAUUUUAA